CGUUUGCGUCUCCUCGCCGCUGCGCUCGUCCAACGCACCGCGCGCAUAUGUUCGCGCCCCUCGCCCUAGCGUUCAAUCCUCUGACGCUCGUGUUCACGCCGCUGGCCCUGCUGCUCACCCCGCUGGCGCUCAUCGGGACGCCGCUCAUCCUAGUCUUCGCGCCCCUCAUCUACCAGCUAUGGAUGUUCCUGUCUGAUCUCUGCGGUAGCAAGUGCUCCUGAGAGGAGCCUCCGUCGUUCCCCGACUCCACAGGAAACAGAAAUAACUCUGCUGCCGCCCUAGACACUCAAACAGACGAGAUGAUCCAGGAAUUAGAGAUACAUUUGGUGACGGUGCUCACCCUUCUGUCGCCUUUUGCGGUUUUGGGCAAACAAGAUUUGAGCCGAGAAUACGAGCAGAAUUUUCUUAAGGGAUUGCUGAACGUCAGCCCGACUUUCACCCUUCGAGGAAGUAACUUGAGUGACCUUUGCUCCGCGGACACGCAAGAAUAUAUCAACGAUCUCAACCAGCUGCAAUAUUGGGCAUUACAGAUGUACGAUUCAACUGGGAAAUUGAACUCGGGACUCCUAAACGGAAAUCUCAACACUUAUGGCGACUACGAGCAAUGUUUAAGCAUUCGUCAUCCUCACAUCAGAGGGAAAUACUGUCUUCUGGGAUUCGACGCUGACUUUCAGAAGGGUUCGUCGUAUCUUGGAUCUAUGAGAGAAGUUAUGGACAGUGCAUAUUCCGAUCGGCCAUUCCAUGGACCAGAAAUUAAACCGCCUCUGAUUUCACCCCUCGCACGACAAAAAUUCGUUUGGGGAUUCUGUAUUCCAUCGUCCUGCAGCUUGGACGACUUGGAAAGCUCUCUUCAACAAGCUCUGGCGCCAUUAAAUUCUACCGAAAACGGAUUGAAAAUCGACAUUAUACCGUUUGAAGAGUCAUGCACGACAAAUUUAACGAAAAACUUCACAGUCCGGUCGUUCCUCGUCAUGGCUUUGCUAGCUGGUAUACACCUUCUUAUUUUACUGAGCACACUGACCGACCAUUACUUUUACACCGCCACGCAAACAGCAGCGAAUAUCAAGGAAGCAACUGUGCCCAUGAAAGUGCUCUUAGCGUUUUCUCUAAAGCGGACUGUUCCUUUCUUACUGGAUCGACGGAAAAAAGAGGACGAUUCAGAUGUAUCUUGCUUGCACGGUCUUCGGUUUCUGUUUGCGCUGAUCCUUUUUGAAACGCAUCGGUCUCUCUUCUUGCUUGGGUUCCCCUUGGUAAACAGAACUGAAAUAGUCCGCCAGGUGGUGGAGAAGGAAUUGACGAUGAUACUGCGAGCUACCAUGAACAACAUCGACGCCUUCUCGCUGCUCAGCGGCCUGCUCUGCUCCUACCACGGUCUCGCCCGACUCCAGUCCAGUGGAAAGCUGAACGUUCCUCUUCUCUACAUCAAACGAUACGCCAAAUUCACUCCACUGUUCUUAGUGAUGGCCCUAAUGGUUCGCGAUCUUAUGCCACAUUUCUUCAGAAGUCCUCAUAACAUCACUGUCCUGGAUUCACUGGCAAACAAUUGUGAAAACAUUUGGAAAGUGUUAACAUACACCGGAAAUUCUGACGGUUUAAAAGAUAUGUGCUACAGUGUGUCCCAUCAAAUUCACACGGACAUGCAGAUGUAUUUAUUGUCACCAUUCCUCAUAUUAUUUCUGUGGAAGUUCAGAGCGGCCGCUUACACCCUGAUAUCUUCCAUUAUAGUUGCCAUCAGCCUUUACUGUGGGUGGAUCGUCUAUCGAGAGAAACUCACUGCUGUGUACUUUCAUGGAACGACGUUCUCUCUCAGUCUCGAAAGUAUUGAUCGACUGUAUUUGAACACGUUCCUUCGCCUGCCACCAUACUUGAUCGGUAUUCUAGUGGGCUACACACUCUAUUUUUCGAAAACUCAAUCAAAAGGAGUAUCAAAGCCAACAGUGGUGAUUGGACACACUUUGGCAAUCUUAGGAAUGUAUUUCUCGUACUUUUGGCUGAAGAAAUGCGCCGAACCGGGCUACAUGUAUGAUGCACUCGAAAUGGGACUAUACAAAGCUGCGCAGCCAAUCAUGUUUAACUGCGCUCUCGGAUGGUUAAUCUAUAGUUGCUUCACGGGCAAAGCACAGCACCUCAACAGGAUGCUGAGUUAUUCGCCAUAUCUUGUGUUCAGCCGACUAUCCUAUGCAUUUUAUAUGGUGCAAGCAGGUGUGAUGGUAGCUUUGCUCCAACUCAACCGAGUGCCUCUGUAUUCGAGACUACUUAAUUCUAUGGACGUGGCUUAUGCAGGCGCUGUUCUCCUCGCAACAGUUUGGAUGACGCUAACAUUAUACCUACCGACGAUACUUAUCGAAAAGCUUUUAAGAGGAUCAAAAGAAGAAAAACCAAAAGGUGAGAUCAAUGGAGUCAUGAGUUUGCAAGAUGUGAGGGAUGAUAAACAUCAAGGUAUUAUCUCUGAGCGAGACCUGGAAAAACAUAUGUGACGUCAUUACCAGUAGUUAUUUCAAGUGAAUUUUCAAAACUAGCUUAAUUGAGAAGGUAGGUGUAUAAGGGACCGUUUAGGUGAUAGCACCGUUGUUGAGUCACCUCCGGAUCCUCUUAUGACUUCCUUCUCAACUCUAUUUUUUAGUGUAGCGAGGAUUCCUGGUACUAUUUUGGAAUUUUUCAAGCCGAGUGUGAUUAAAAAUGUGACCGAAUUUUCAGAAAAAUCAUUAUCGUUCCAACAGAAUCAAGAUUUUUGGCGAAAAAAGGGACAAACUGGAAUGCUUUUUCACUUAAUGCCUUUUUAAUGGACUGCUACCAUCGUAAUUUUCGAUACAAUCAUCACUUUUAAGUUACAUCGAAGUCAUUAAAAAGAAAAGAAAUUCAUUGAAGUUAGAUAGAAGUUAUGAGAAACAAUAAUCUGUUGCUUUUCCAACUAAAGUCACAUCCCUCCGUAAGAAUACCGUUGAGCUUUCAUUGUUACAAUAAAUUUUUAAACAUUU